AUGAUGCCGACUGCGAUCAACAACCAGCCACUGGUGCAACACAUCCUAACACGAGACUUUGCAGGCCUCGAUCGUCCGUCCGCUCCGAACAGCACCGGCACCGGUACCGGAAGCGUUGACAUCACCACAACGACGACGACGACGAGUUCCCCACCCGCUGCAACACGUCAACAUGCGAUCGCAUCCACACCCGUGCUCGUGAGGGCGCUCCCGCCUUCAUCUUAUCUGGAUAAACUAGGUCAACAAGCAUCGAAACGAGCGAAACGGCAACACAUCCUCACUGAAUCACUCGAGAGCGCUCUCGAAACCCCGAUCGACGCGUUCGCCGUACCGCUUCCGGACAAGGAUCAUCCACAGCAUGCAUUGGGGGACAAUUCUGAAGCACUGGCGAAACAGAACAGGAUGAAGGGGAAAGUGGCGAAGCGGUACGAGAGCUGGGAGUUGCUCAAAGCGAUCGAGAAGAAGCAGCUCAUGACCAUCUACGACAUCAAGUCGAACCAAUUCGAGUUGUUACUCGAGCCGGUAGGAGGGAGUACACCCCUUGUGCAUGCGAUGCGACAUGGGCCAUCUUGUGCGUGCCUUCUUAUUCGGAUGCUGCUUACAAUUCCAGGAGCUGACCCUCUUUUCCCCGGCUCGCUCGCUUGACCCAGAUCAAGAAGUGGCCAUCCUCAUCACCGGAGCCCUCUCGAAGCAAGUCAACGAACUCGCCGACUUGCCACCCGAAUCCUUCUCCCGCAAUGAUGCGACCAAAGCACUAUUACGAGGGAUCCGAGUCAACCUCAAACUCGCGAUCACGCAGGGUUUGGUCUCGGAGGAUACGUCGCUCUUGGCUUCGUUCUUGCAAGUGAUCGUCAUGUCCGAAGGGGAGAAAUGGUUGCAGAAAGCGGGGCAUGAAGUGGCUUUGGCAUGUCGAGCGGUGAGUCCCCAUGCCUCAUGAACAAGUCGCGCCCUUCGUAUUGAUCCGAAAUCUCUUCGCUUCUCACCUCGAAGGGCCCACCCGGCCGACCGGUGGCAGCAGCGACGACCCUGAUCGACAAAUGGGUUUCGAGGGAAUUGCAAAAGACCCAAAUCGCAGCUGUGGGGGAAUACGUUUCCAAUUCGAUAGGGGACCUCGUCUUGCUGGGGCUUUGGUCGAUCGUGAUGGAUAUCUUGCCCAAGGAGGAGAUGAUGCCGUUGUACUUCUUUGCUAGGGAUGAUCGGAUGACAAAGUGGGUGCAAAGGAAUGGUCAGGCAGGUCGAGCUGCUGGAGUGUACUGACUUCUCUCGUUGCUUUCCUCCUUCAUCUUACCCUCGUAGAGCAAUGGAGGAACGCGUCGAGGCACUCAAACGCAAUGGAGGGUGGACCAAAUUGUCCCCACUGCUGCGGAAACAAAUCGAUGGCUCACUGGCGGAGUUGAGCAAGAGGACAAUAGGAGGGAGAGAACGAGUGGCUGGGUUGAAGAAACUGUUAGAUGAGUGA